AGUGGUUAUAUCUACGUGUGCUUAAAGGCAGUACAUUUGUUACAAUGUUUAAAUUCCUCGUUUGUAUUUGUUUGACGCUGAUGGUGUUUUGUGAAGCGAAAAACAUAGAUAAACCUAUAGAAAAGCCGGCUGGACAAGAUGACGUAGUUUGCAAAAUAUUCAAUGUAACUGUUAAAGCAAACGAGCGCUACUCUACUACAGAUGGAAGCUGUGUGCAGUACAUUUGCGAUCAAUUUGGCAGCUCACUCACAAGAUUAUGUAACAUUUACCUACCAUCCAAAGGCUGGACUUACGUCGAAGGCGACCUGACCAAACCCUACCCAGACUGCUGCGGUAAUAUUGUAAAAACAUCACUUCUGCCCCGUCCAGUGCAUCACUGAAACAUUAUUAACUAAUUAGAACAAAGAAGUAACAACAGAUCUACUGUGGAGUCUAAUCUCAAU